UUGUUAUACUUUCUCUUCUUUCUUUUUUUUUUUUUUUUUUACAUGAGAAAUUAAGCAAGAAGCAAUGGAGAAUGAAGAAUCAACUCGACCCUCCAUAGGGUUUCCUCUAGGUUUAGCUCUUUUGCUGGUCAUGUUGCUUUUCAUGGCUGGAUUUUUCACUUGCUGCCUUUACUGGGACAAGCUACGAUCCCUUCUUGGAGUUUCAUCUGAAGAAAUCUCCCAUGCCCAGAAACCUACUCCUCCUCAAGAGGAAUCAAAGAGAAAUAGAGCAGAAAGCCUGCCAGUGUUGAUGCCAGGGGAUCAAGUACCAAGGUUCAUAGCAAUGGCCUGUCCUUGUAAGCCUCCUUUACCAGAGAAGAUCACCAUCAAAGUGCAGAAGCCACCAACUUUCCCACUUCCUUUAUAUUUAUAAAUUAUUUUAAUUAAUUUUUCCACUUUAAAUGAUGAAUGAUGAGAAUUUUUUGUACAGUUCAUCAUAUAUACUAUAUUAAAAUUUUAAUUUAAGAUAUCAAAUAUUAAUUUCAAACUAAA